AUGCUUGAUUUCCCUAGUUCGCGUUUCUACCUGCCAGUUGAGUCUGAGAUGUGCGUUGAUGAGAUGGUUCCCGGAGCGUGGGACAAUGCACCAGAUGAAUCGAUGGAGUACGUCACCAGCACUCCUCCAGCCAAAGACUCAGAGCCGUCGGAGUCCUCUCAUCCUCGUUCUAUCGACUUUCUGCCCGACCAUGAGUGCACUACCAGUUGUGCAUUUCAGGUAUCUGGGAUAGCUCUGGCUGAUGACAGCAAGGGCAAAAGUCACCUAUUCAUCCUUCGUCGAGGCGAAAAUCCUUGGACUGAGGAAUCAUUUGACGAAAACUUUGAGUACAAUGAAAUUGAUGCCAAAUACGUGCCUUCACCUAUUCUCCACGUAGACGCGCUUUCGGGGCAAUUGUUCGAAGCGUUCGGUGAUGAGCUCUUCAUCCUACCCCACGGUAUCUCCAUCGCCAAAGAUGCAACAGGCAAACCGAUUGCUUUGUUCGUAACCGACCUCGCGCGUCACCAAGUGAUGAAGUUUGCAUGGAAUGAGUGGAGUAAACCCGCUCUAAUACUUGGUCGAAGAAACAAAGCGGGGAACGAUGAGCAGUCCUUCUGUCAACCCGCCGAUGUUGCCGUUGCUAGCACGGUAAAGAAAUUAACCAAAUUGUGUAAAUACGCCUGCAUUGAAAUGCAAAAACUGUCGCGAAUCUGUCCUUGUUGA